UGUUACACUCGUGUUAUUCGUAAUUCGUCUUCAAAUUUCAAUUCUAGUUCUAGAAUUCUAGAUGCGGCUUGCCGCGCAUAAGGCCGACUGUUGACCCUCGUGGCUACAAUUGCUGACCAAAACAAUCCUGCUGAACCAAUUAACAGUUAUUCUUUUUUAUUCUUAUACUCCCUUUUUGACUAAUAAAUUUUUCGAUCAUGAAAGUGAAGGUAUUGAGCCGGAAUCCGGAUGAUUAUUUGCGGGAGACGAAGCGGGAUAUCCAGAAAGUUCCUCGGAAUUAUGACCCAAAUCUUCACCCUUUUCAAUCAUCACGUGAAUAUGUCCGUGCUCUUAAUGCGGUGAAAUUGGAACGAGUUUUUGCUAAGCCGUUUAUUGGUAACUUGGAUGGGCAUCGUGAUGGUAUCUUCUGCAUGGCUAAGCAUCCUAAAUCUUUAUCAACAUUAGCGAGUGGUUCUUAUGAUGGUGAAGUACGACUUUGGAAUUUAACAAAAAAAAAAUGUAUUAGUAGUGUCAAUGGCCAUGACCGGUUUGUUCGUGGAUUAUGUUUCAACCCUGAUGGCACAAAAUUGUUUAGUGUCGGUGAUGAUUCUACCAUUAAAGUUUGRAAUACAGAUGAAUUGGACACACCAUCUCAUACAUUUAUAUCUCAAUCUGUUUUAUAUGGUAUCAGCUGUCAAUGGUUAAACAAUAAAAUAUUUGCAACUUGCGGUGAUGUAGUUCAAUUAUGGGACAUUACUCGUAGUCAACCAACAUCAACUCUAAAAUGGGGUGUUGAUAGUUUACAUCAUAUAGCUUUUAAUCAAAUUGAUACUAAUGUUUUAGCAUCGUGUGCCAGUGACCGCAGCAUAAUUCUUUAUGACACUAGAGAAGUGAAACCAAUGCGAAAAAUAAUAAUGAAACUAAAAACCAAUCAGUUAGCCUGGAAUCCAAUGGAAGCAUAUAUAUUUACAGCUGCCAAUGAAGAUUAUAAUUGUUAUUCUUAUGAUACACGGAAAUUAGAAUCUCCAAUAAAUGUGCAUAAAGAUCACGUGGCUGCUGUUACUUGUAUAGAUUAUGCACCAACUGGUUUAGAAUUUGUUACUGGAAGCUAUGAUAAAACAAUAAGAAUUUUCGAGAGCCAUCAGGGACAUUCGAGAGAAAUCUAUCAUACUAAACGUAUGCAACAUUURACUAGUGUAAUUUGGUCAUUAGACAAUAAAUUUGUUUUAAGUGCAUCUGACGAAAUGAAUAUACGAAUUUGGAAAGCAAAUGCUUCAGAAAAAUUAGGAACAUUAAGACCACGUGAAAGAACAGCUUUAGAAUAUAACGCCACAUUAAAAGAGAAGUUUGCUGCCCAUCCACAAGUAAAAAGGAUUGCUAGACAUAGACAAGUACCUAAACAUAUUUAUCAUGAACGUAAUCAACAAUUGGAAUCCAAGAAAAAACUUAAAAGAAAGGAAGAAAAUAUUCGCAAGCAUUCAAAGAAAAAUAGUAUUCCAUACAUCUCCGAAAAAAAGAAAAAUGUUGUUUCGGAAGUUGCUUAAGAACUAUUAUUAUGCUUGUUUAUUUUUAGGUUCUUAUCAAAUGUACAUACUAUUUUCAAUACAUUACAUCUCCAAUAACAAACCCGAAGCAAUAUUUUUAUGAAUUUAUGAUAAACUUUGAAUUGUUUACAGAUAGUAGGGUGGCAUGACGACUACGGGAUACAUAAAUUCUGCAGUUGAAACAAAAAUGCUAUUAAAAUAAUUAUAUCAUGUAAUAUUCUUUAAAUAAUAUUUAAAGAUAAUGUGGAUAAGUACACAUUGUACGAUUAUUUAAACGUUAUCUUAGCAUUUACUUAAUUUUUCACAAAUACAUGUUAUAUUGUACAUAAACACAA